CCCGAAAGGCUGCCGAAGACUGUUGUGGGCGAGGAGAGGUGGAGGUGGGAACAGCUGUGUUGUCAUUUUUGCACAAGAACAACAAUCGCACACGCUCACCCGCCUUGUCUGGGCUGUUUUCCUUUGUGUAGUGUUUUCAGUUUUUCCGUUUUCCGCGAGCUUUAUUCUCGUGGGACGCAAAUCGAUCAAGCAACAUAUCGCUCCACCGUGCUAGCAGUAGUGUCGUGUGCCGGGUUUGUGCAUUCUUGUGUUUUUUUUUCUAGAUUUUCUACACAGCGCGCGAACAGCACAACAAUCAUGUCGGUGGAAAAGUUCGAUCUGCAAAAGGUGCACGCCAAGUUUACGGAAAGUCUGGUCGAGGAGGAUGAUGUGUACGUGGACCAGUAUCUGGAAGCGUUCAAGGAGCUGUACAAAUUUUUCCAGCUGAUGGGCACGGUGUUCGGGUUCGUGAGCAGCGACGUGAAGGAAAAGGUGGAAAUCCUGGAGAAGCUGCGCGGCAAGGAAAAUGCGGACAGCUUCCUCACCAUCCGCACGAUGAUGCAGUACGAGCAGGAGUCGAAUUUGCUCAACAAGAAAGACUACGUCUCGGGCAGCCGGACACUGCUACGGCUUCACCGUGGGCUGGAUUUUAUACAAGAGUUUCUGAAGCGUCUCGGUGAGCUGGAGGGCGACGGCAAGACGAACGGCGUCUGCCAGGCCGCGUACAACGAUACGCUUGCUCAAUUUCACCCCUGGCUCAUCCGGAAGGGUGCCACCGUAGCGAUGUACGCGCUGCCGACGAGGGACCAGCUGCUCGAGCGGGUGUGCAUGGAUGUGACCGGUGCGAUGAAGCUGCUGCCGGAAAUGCUGUCCGUCACGCGCAACGUGUACGAUCGUACGCAGAACCUUUACACGCGGUACGAUCUGCACGGAUUGCCUUGAGAUCCGCGCGGGGAGGGGGGCAACAAAAACGCCGAAACAAAGAACCGUCGAUCCGGCCGGCUGCUACCCAAUUACGCUUACAAAGGGUGUAUUAUCCUGUUAAUGCUUUUAAGUUUUGUUUAAAUCAUGUUUUAAUUUGUUGUCUGCGACGUGAAGCGAAAGAGAGAGAGUAUUAGGACCAUGUGUGUGUGUGUGUAUAGGACUGAUCCAAAUAGCUAAUUGAUUGUAGAGGCAGUUUGAGUUUUAACUGUGUUUUAGUUUCGGUUGAAAGGCAGUGGCGCAAAACAAUGAUAUUAAGUUGAAGCUGGCUUCAUGUGCGUGAAAUUGGUUUGAGUUUGUUUGCGCUUAGAUCUGGCCAAGGGUCGAUUCCCCCGCUCGUACAGGUGCUUACCGUGUGUUAUAGCUGGCUGUAGAAGCUCAAUCUCCUACUUGCGUAAAGUGAUGCUGCAAGCGAACAAUGUGCUCAUGCGUGUAAUGGCAAGCGCAUCACCAAAUACGACUUGCUCAAUUUUCUAAAACGGAAGAUGCAACAAGUUAUAUCGUGCUGUAUAAUCAAUCAAUCCCCCUCGUAGAACGCCCACUUCACAUUCCACUCGUAUUAACUACCACCCCGCAUCGUCCCACCCAGUAGUAGGAUUGAGGCUCAUGUAUUUUGAAAGAGAAAUAGGAAGUAUGGACAGGAUGAUUAUUUGGCUUGCUCGUGAAUAAAUGUAUUGUAACACAGCACAGCAGCAACAUGGCUUUAUUCGAGUAAAACUAUAAUUAAUACUUUUUAUUUACA